AUGAUAAGAACGAAUAAUAUUGCUUUCAAGACUGUUAGGAGGUAUACUUCCUCAAAACCUGAUGGUAUUCUAAGAUAUGCAAAGUUAACCGAAAAAUCAUACUUGAAGAUACACGGCCCCGAUACGAUUAAAUUCCUAAAUGGAUUAGUUACUUCAAAAUUACUGCCCAAUUUCACCAAAAAGAAUUUGACUACCGUGACUGAGAAAUCUAGGGCGAUAAAUCUGCCUUUCAGCCUCCACGAUUCCAAUGUGGGCAUAUAUAAUGAUGUUGGUAUCAACGAUGAAUUCUACAUCUCAAGGUUUGGGCAAUACACAGGUUUCCUAAACGGUAGAGGUAAACUAAUCACUGAUUCAAUCAUAUAUCCACUAUUUGAUAAGGCUCCAUACCCUGAGUUCUACUUGGAAUUUAAUAAAAAUAUAGUCCAUAAAAUGCAUACUUUUUUACAACAUCAUAAAUUACUGAGUAAAUUCAAGUUAAAUACAGAAAAAUUGCAAACGUGGGACGUAUCGAUCGGAUUUCCAACCGUUGAAGAACACGAUGAAAAUCCUUGGGUUGGCAAUAUUCUAAAUCCCAUGAUGUCUAUUCAAAAUCCAGAGGAUGCCCUUUCUUUUAUAAAUAACGUGAAAACUGCACUUUUCGAUGGAUAUGAGAAGAAUAUCCUGGGAAUUUAUGUGGAAAGAAGGACUGAUCCGUUAAUAAGACAAAAUGGUUCGAUGCCAUUGUCACUUAGACUAGUAACUGACGAUACCAUUAAGAGCAUUUCCAGCAUAUAUAACGAAAAGACUUUCCCAUUUAAAUUUGACAUGAAAGAAGUAGAACCAUCAUUUUUUAGGAAGCAAAGGUUGACAUAUGGUAUAACUGAUGGUACGCAAGAUUUCAAAUCGGAAUCUUUGUUGCCUUUAGAGCUAAAUUUUGAUAAAUGGCAUAACGCUGUAAGUGAAAACAAAGGCUGUUAUGUGGGACAAGAGUUAACAGCGAGAACAUUCUCCACAGGCAUUUUGAGAAAAAGAGUUGUACCUGUAACAUUACCCAAUUUCAAAUUAUUGGAAUCAAACAAUGAUUAUUUUGAAAUUCAAGCAAAAAAUCCCAUACAAGGUUCAGAUCCCAAUCUUGCUCAAAGCCCAUUUGGACAAAGUAAAAAUUCUCGUAAGCGGCCUGCUGGAGCACUAGUUGCCCACGAGGGCGAUGUUGGACUAGCAUUAUUAAGAACAGAAUACUUCCAAACUGCAUUUGGAAAUAAUAAUAAGUUCUAUAUCCAUCUCAAUGACACUAAAACAGUGGAAGUACAUCCACAAAAGCCUUUCUGGUAUAGCGAAUGA